GUCGUAACACCCACAAUGGAUAGUUGCAGUGUUAGAAAGCACAGUGGGUGUCAAUAUAAAGUGACGGCCAUAUUUGCCGGUGCCGCUGUUGUAAACAAAAAGUGAGAGACAGACGCUUCACUGAAUUUCGGGUCAUUUUUAUUUCUUUAAUUUACAAUGUCUCUGGGAAUGUCUUACAAACCCAACGUCCAUCAGCACAUUCCGGGAACUUCUGGGAACCAGGUUGGAAACCUCCAGUCUCCCUCAGCAGCCAACUUGGCCACGUUGCAGUCCUACAGGCCCCUUCUGAGCGACUAUGGACCUCCAUCUCUGGGAUUCUCACAGGGCUCCACCGGGAGCCAAGUGCCUCAGAACAAAUAUGCAGAGCUGCUGGCCAUCAUCGAAGAGCUGGGAAAGGAGAUCAGGCCUACAUAUGCUGGAAGUAAGAGCGCAAUGGAGAGACUGAAAAGAGGAAUAAUCCACGCCAGAGGGCUGGUGCGUGAAUGCUUGGCUGAGACCGAGAGGAACGCGAGGUCCUAGCUACGAACACACAACACACACACAACACACACACAACACACACACAUUCCUCCCUGCAAGAAGAACUAACAGUUGUGCGUCUUA